AUGGCAAAACAAGAAACAAAAGAAGCCCCCAAGCUACCAGUGAAGGUCGAUCUCGCAUUGCCGCCUCUAUACCGAGGCAACGGCUCCUAUACCGAAAAUCCCAAAGGUGUCCGUGACGUCCAGUUUGCUAUGCCGGGGUCGCGAACCAAGCCAGCUGUCUUCAAGAAAUGGAGCGGCAAGUCUUGA